AUGCCAUAUAACGGGCUUUACUUCAACGGCGUCCCAGAGGCAUCGACGUACGUGAACAUGUACCCGCUGCAUGUGACGGGCCUGACGGCCAGGCCGACGGAGAUAACAUAUGAGUACACCGCCGAGCCUGGCGCACCGUUGACUCGCGUCGUUGUGAACCACACCGGCGUGGCGGAGCGGCUGGUGUGGAACACCGACACAGGAGCGUGGAUCUCCUUCUUCAGCAGGGGGGCGAGGGACGUCACGUGCGAUGCGUAUGGCAAGUGCGGGGCGUUUGGCCUCUGCGACCCGGAGGCGGCAUUGUCUGGGUUCUGCGGCUGUCUGCCAGGGUUCAGCCCCGUCUCGACACCGGCGUGGCAGAUGAAGCAGCAUGCGGGAGGGUGCCAGCGCGACGCGGUUCUGGAGUGUCGUGGUGGGAAGACGACGGACCGCUUCAAGGUGGUGCCUGGAGUGAAGCUUCCUGACACACAGAAUGCGACGGUGGACAUUGAUGCCGCUACGCUGGAGGAGUGCAAGGCAAGGUGCUAUGCCAACUGCUCGUGCUUGGCCUACGCCGCCGCCGAUAUCAGAGGCGGCGGCAAUCGUAGUGGCUGCCUUUUGUGGACGGAUGCCAUCGGUGAUCUUCGCCUCAUUGACAGCAAGCAGGAUCUCUAUCUGAGGUUGUCCAAAUCAGAAUUUAGUGGGCCAUCUAUAUCGGUGUUUCCUACUUGGAUUAUCAUAGUUGUAUCUGUAGCCUUGAUCAUCAUUCUGGUUCUCCUUGCUUUCUGGUUUUCCACCAGCAUAGGACAAGUCAUAUUAUGGCUAGAAGGACAUGCAGUUUGCCUUUGUAUUAUAAGAAAGGCCACAGGAAAUUUCUCUGGAGAAAAUGUCAUUGGCAGGGGCGGAUUUAGCGACGUCUACAUGGGGCGGCUAUUCGGUAGAGAGUUUGCUGCGAAGAAGCUCAGACGGGAUCGUCUUACUGAUAAAGGCAAGGAAGAUUUCAAAAGGGAAGUGAAAAUGAUGUCCACGCUCACGCAUGUCAAUCUUGCGAGGCUCCUCUACCAGUGCCGGGAAGGAAAUGAGUGGAUACUAGUCUAUGAAUACAUGGAGAAUAAAAGUUUGGAUUGCUAUAUUUUUGGAGAACAAAACGGGCUCGUCUCCUCGCUGAAUUGGGCUCAAAGACGGGAAAUAAUUCAUGGGAUCGCCAAAGGUGUUGAAUAUCUUCAUGGCAAGGGAUUCAUUCAUAGGGAUCUAAAACCUGGCAACAUACUUCUGAGUGACACGUGGGAGUCUAAGAUAGCAGAUUUUACCACCGCGAAGCUGUUCAUUGAAGAGGAGACAGAUCCGACAGUAGUACUGACACCGGGAUAUGUUGCUCCAGAGUAUUCGUCCGAAAAAGCCCUGACGUACAAGUGUGAUGUAUAUAGCUUCGGAGUCGUCUUGCUGGAGAUAAUCAGUGGCAGAAGGAGAACAAGCAUGCCAAAGUUCCUUCUUCAUGCCUGGGAAUCAUGGAGUCGAUGUGGGCACGAGGAGCUCCUUGAUCGGAAACUGGCUGAUCCUGAAGGUGAGCUCUUGGCAGGGCUAGCCAGAUGCAUCCAGAUUGGCCUUCUCUGCGUGCAGCAAUCGCCCGAGGACAGGCCUGCCAUGUCUCAAGUUGUGGCAAUGCUAACCAGCACCGACUCACAGCUCACUACUCCAAAGGAACCCACCGCCAACAUGGGAGCUGGCCCUAGCUUACAACUAAUCUCAGAUGAUACCCCUAGACCAAGCCGGACCUCUAUCAGCCUAAAACUUACUAGCAGUCUGGGACUUGCGGCCUGA